AUCGACUUAUUUCAUCUCAAAAUCAUGAACAUCACCACUUGCUUUCAUCUUCUUCUUGUUUUGUGGUUGCAUUGCUUCAUAGUUUGCUUAGCUAUGAGCACUAAGAAUCUCACCACCGACGGAUUUGCACUUCUGCAAUUCAAAGAUCGCAUCGAGGAUCCUCGAAAUGCGUUGACAACCAAUUGGACGUCGUCCAGCUCGGUUUGCAAAUGGGUCGGUGUUUCUUGUGGUGUCAUCCAUGAAAGAGUUACUGCUUUGAACCUUUCAAACAUGGAUCUUAAGGGUACCAUCCCUCCACACCUUGGGCAUCUUUCAUUUCUGCGCUCUCUCGACUUGAGAAGCAACAAUUUCUACGGCCACCUGCCUAUAGAAUUGGGGCAGUUGCAUCGUUUGAGGCUCCUUCGAUUAAGCUACAACGAUCUUAACGGGGAAAUCUUUCAAACACUUGUCAACAUGUCGGAUCUGAAGAUCUUGGAUCUGGGAUCAAAUCAACUGUUUGGUCGAAUUCCAUUUUUCAUCUUCAAGAUUUCCUCCUUGAAAGAGAUUUCUCUUGACGACAAUAGUCUUUUCGGAAGUUUACCCGAUGAUCUAUGUCACCAUCUUCCCGAACUUGAACGACUUUACUUGGAUGGGAAUGAAUUAUCUGGUAAUAUUCCACUAAACAUAGAUAAAUGCAGCAACCUUCAAAUUUUACAACUCUCGUUUAAUAAAUUCACUGGGAUCAUUCCAAGAUGCAUUGGAAAUCUGAUACGACUCAAAGAAUUAUAUUUGGGGUUUAACAACCUACAAGGUGAAAUUCCUCGUGAAAUUGACAAUCUCGUUGAUUUAGAGGUGUUAAAUAUCCAAGCAAUGAAAAGUCUUUCGGGUCGAAUUCCGAGUUCUAUCUUCAACAUAUCUUCUCUAAAGUUUAUUUCUUUAGCCAACAAUAGUUUAUCAAAUAGUUUGCCCGAUGGUCUAUGUAACAAUCUUCCCAAGCUUCAAAGGCUUCAUUUAAAUAUGAAUAAAUUAUCUGGUGAUAUACCGUCAAAGCGAGUUCAUGGGAAGUAUCUACCGACUCUCGACCUUCAAUCGAAUCCACUUCACAUCUUCAUCUCAGACAAUGAUUUGGUUGGAGAAAUACCUUCUACAAUCUGCAAUUCGAGUUCUCUUGUUAUACUUGACUUGUCCAUGAAUAAGUUGGGUGGAGUUAUUCCAAGCUGCCUUGGCAAUUUUAGUUAUCUCUCAGUUUUGGAUCUGAGAAUGAAUAACUUCGUUGGCAAAAUCCCACCGGUAUACCCUGAAGGUGGCAUAUUGAGAAGUCUUAACCUGAAUGGGAACCAACUUGAAGGAUCAAUUCCACGCUCUUUGAGUAACUGCAAAAGGCUGGAAGUUUUAGAUUUAGGAAACAACGGCUUGAUCGACACAUUUCCGUAUUGGUUAGGCUGGCUUCCGAAUCUGCAUGUUCUUGUUCUUCGAUCUAAUAGAUUCCAUGGUGGCAUACAAGAUUUUAAUGCCACGUUUUCCUUCAGCAGUCUGCGAAUGAUUGAUCUCUCUCUUAAUGAGUUCACUGGUCGGCUUUCGCCUGCACUCUUUCAUCAUUUCAAAGCAAUGAGAGAUAUUCAGGAAAACAAGACCGGUCCAAGUUAUAUGGGGGAUAGUUAUUAUUCUCAAUAUUACGUAAUAAGAUAUUACCAUGAUUCUACAAUUGUAACAAUGAAAGGAUUGGAGAUGAAGCUUGAGAGAAUUUUAACUAUUCUCACAGUCAUUGAUUUUUCGUGCAACCAUUUCCAAGGACCGAUUCCUGAAGCAGUCGGAGAACUUAACUCGCUGAUAGUGCUCAACUUCUCCCAUAACAGCUUAACAGGUAACAUCCCAACAUCACUCGGGAAAAUGGCAGCACUCGAGUCAUUAGAUCUCUCGUCAAACAAGCUCCAAGGAAGAAUUCCGAAGCAGUUAACUGACUUAUCGUUUCUUGGUGCACUGAAUCUUUCUCAGAACAAUCUUGAGGGGCCUAUACCACAAGCAAGUCAUUUCGAUACUUUCUCGAAUGAUUCCUUCGAUGGUAACUCCGGACUAUGCGGAUUUCCAUUGUCAAAGAAAUGCGGCAACGAUGUGGGAUCGGAAUCACCUCCAUCAACAAUUGCUGAAGAUCAUGAAUCUGAAACGGCACUGUUUUGGAGUAUCACAGCAAUGGGUUAUGGAUGUGGACUAGUUUUUGGAUUGAGCAUGGGGUACGUAUUUUUCACAACAGGGAGACCUCGUUGGCUAGCGAAGAUGAUCAAGCGAAACCCACAAAAGAGAAGUAGAACAAGGAUCCAUCGAAAUGGACGGAGAAGGAAUUAG